UGUAACACACUGAGUUCAGCAGCAUCAUGUGUCCGGCGGCUCAGUCUGCUGCUGUUUGUAUGGAGUUCCGAGCAACCAGAGGCCGCGGCGGCGGCUGGAAACGAGGCGGCCGCGGCGUCACUGACGGUGACGGCGAGCACCGGGACCGAGGAGGCCGAGGCUGCUAUCACCGCGGACGCGGAAAAAGACCGCAGCACCAGGGCCGCGGACGCGGAAAAAGACCGCAGCACCAGGGCCGCGGACGCGGAGGAGGCCCGCAUGUAGCGGAUCUCAGUCACCAGGAUCAAGAUGAAGAGGACAGCUUUGAGCCAGAGGAUGAGGGGAUGGAGACAUUCUCCAGGAGGAAGCUGGAGUCAAACUGGGGCCGCUAUGUGGAGUCGGAGAAGGCGGAGUCUGCAGACAUGCCCACACAGAGGGGGACAGACUUCCACGUCUUGCUUGAGACAGCAGGUGAUUCUUUCACUCAGUUCCGUUUGUCAGACGAGAAGGACUGGGACACGGACUCGUUUGAAGCCAGUCAGAUGUCGGCUGUGUUUCUGGACCUGGUGGAGCUCACGAAGUGCCUUCGACACCUCCCCCUCCACCAGAGACUGGACCUGGAGCCCGAGCUGGUCCAGGUUUCCACACCGAUAGAUCUUCCCGCUAUGAACGUUGCACCAAAACAGGACACGCACAAAUUAGCUGUCCAUGCUCCACCCACCGCAACAUUGAAAGAACUUGAUGCCAGAAGAGUUGCCGUGGCAACAAACCCAGCACCAGGCUUGGAUGUGGGGCUUCAGGAUGUCGACGAGGAACUGGAUCAGUUGCUCAGUUUGCAGAAACCCGUCUCAGAAAACCAGUUUGUCCAAACCGAAGAUGAAAAUCUGCUUCCAGUGAAAUUGGAGUCUGAGGAUGUCACCACAGAGGAUAAGACUGAGGAGGUAGUUGAAACUGUAGCGCCUCCUCUGGUCAGACAGCAAGUGACGGAGGAGGAUCUGGAGGACUGGUUGGACAGUAUGAUCUCCUGACCCGCCGCAGUCCAUCAAGACCAGAGGAAUGAAGAACUUCCUGAAGAAGUUGAAGGCCACCACAGUGUAGAGAUAGACGACCACGGCCAGCAGACCCACCGUCAGCACGAGCUGAGAGAGAAAAUCAGAGCCAC